GUACACUGACCGGUACACUGACCGACCCACCGGAGGCGACCUGGCCGCUGCCGGGCGCCAAGAUGCGGAUCUCUAAAGCCAACAAGGGCGCGGUGGUGAGAGCCGUCCGGCGGCAUCCGUCUCCUCAGCCCCCCCGCCUGGAGAGCCUGGAGGCGGCCUGGAGCGAGAGGGGACACCCGGAGGGGAGCCAGGAGCGGAGGAACGGAGAGCCAGAGGGUGGGGGGCCACCGAGGAGCAGGAAGAAGGGCUUCAGACCCCCCGAUGUGAGGACCAUCUUCUCAGAGAAGGACCCGAGGGUGAGAGAGGAGUCCGGGGAGGGUCACACCUUCGAGCCUGGGGGAGAGAACACCUGGUGCGAUGUGUGCUGCAAAUACAUCUUCCAGCAGGGGCUCACCUGUGCAGGUUGUAAGUACGCUGUCACACAGCGUGUCGGGACCGAUGUCACUGGACGUCACCCUGCAGUUCACGUGGGUCAGACAGGACCAGCUGAACAACAACACACCGCCCCAUGGUUUGGCUGUGCAGUGAUGUGGUCUCUUUCAGCCGACACGAGGAGGAUUAACUCAGCACAUUUCAAACCAGCUGAUCACACUCGCUCUGAUUCUGCUGAGUAG